AUGGCGUCGUCGAGCCUUCUGGUCGCGAGAGCAGCGGUGUCAGCCAUCCCAUCAAAGCUCGCACCGCUCAAAUCCAUCGCCGCGUCCCGUCCAGCAGUAUCAGCCAUCCUCCCCAACGCGUUCCUCGGAAGAUUCGCCGACGCUUCUCCCGCCAACCCCCUCCUGAAGCAAACCGCUGCGGCGCCAUGCCAAACAAGCGCACCAGCGGGCCCGAGUCGGCUGCGGAUCGGCGGCACGCAGCUGACGGGGCGACGCGCGAUGGCGAACAUGGCGUGGGGAGGCGCGCUGGCUGCCGUGCGACUCAUCGUGCAAGGGAAGCACAUGGAGUUGACGGAUUCGAUCCGCGCGUACGUGGAGGAGAAGGUGGGGCACGCGGUGCAAAACCACAGCGCGCUGUGCCGCGAGGUCGACGUGCGCCUCUCCGUGCGCGGCGGCGACUCCAACACCAAGGGCCCGCGCCAGCAGCGCUGCGAGGUUACCAUCUUCACGAAGAAGCACGGCGUGCUGCGAGCGGAGGAAGAGGCGGAGUCCGCGUACGCUGCGAUCGACAAGGUGUCGGACGUGGUUUCGCGGAAGCUGCGCAAGAUCAAGGAGAAGGACGGCGGGCACGGGCGCACGUGGCAGAUGCGGAACGCGCAGAAGCUCGGCGAGAUGCUGCCUGAGACGCCGGUUGACAUCAGCCCCAUCCUGAACCGCCAGACCAGCGAUCUGCCUGACGAGGUGGUGCGCACCAAGUACUUCGAGAUGGCCCCCAUGAGCACGUACGAGGCGCUCGAGCAGCUCGUGAACGUGGACCACGACUUCUACGCCUUCCGCAAUGGGGAUUCCGGUGAGAUCAACAUCCUGUACAAGAGGAAGCACGGUGGCUAUGGUGUCAUCAUUCCACGGACAGAGGAGGCUGCUACCAAGUCGUCGUAA